CGGCACGCGCGAAGGUUGCGUGUGCGAGUGUGCGCGCCGUGUUGUGCUGUGCUCCCACGAGAGGAGAAUAAUAUCUCCUGCUCCGCGGCAGAGGGGAUCGAAAAAAUAACAAAAUUUAUUAUCUGGGUCAAUGUCGCGGACGCCCGCCCGCCGGGGGCUGCCGUGGCCGUUUCAGCGGCGAGUGUCGUUCGAACGUUUAUCGUCGUUACGUUUGUCGUUACGUUAGGCGUGUCGUUAUAAUAUUUCCAGUUGGAUCCAGCGUUUUAAUUACAACGAUUUUCGUGAGAACGAUGUACAAACGCGCGCGUGUGUGUGAUCCGUUCAAAACGUCAGUCGGACGGUCGUUUACCCGUUUACUCGAUUUUUCACUCGUUGCCACCGCCACCGGUUGGCCGCCGUACUUGCGGUUUUGCGUUUCGUUCGGAUCAUUCGUCACGCACCGGAAUGGCAACUGCGCAGCGCCGCGCCGCUUGGACGGACUAGAGAAAGUGUUGUCGACUUGCGAUCGUGUUGUUUUUUUUCCCCACAUAGGUUGCUUAUUUAGAUCUCGUGAAAAUUGCGUCUCGGAACGAUUUCCGAUUGUACGGCAGUCUUGCACCGAUUUGUGAAUGAUAUGCUAUUGGUGAAUCACGUCAAAUGCUUGUGGAAAUGAGACCCGUUGAGUCCAGCGAGAACAUAACGAUCAUGGACGAGAUCGACGAGCUGUUAGGCACCCGGAGGAGUUACGGCUGGAACUCGGGUUCGCGGCCAUCGAUGAUCAGUGCCAAGUACCGGCUGAAGGAAGAGCGGCGCAAGGUGCUCAAGAUAUCUGUAAACAAGAUGAAGAAGAUCGACGACGCCGAGAGCUCGUUGUGCCGGUCCGUGUUGAUCAACAACACGGUGAAGAGGCUGCAGGCCGAGACCCGGGACGACCGGACCACGGGACGGACGUCGCCCGCCUCGCCACCCUCGCCGACGUCCACCGGUUACGGUUACCACAGUCCUCAGCAGUCGCAACCCUGCGGCGGCCAGGGCGGUAACCCGCAGCUCGUGGAUAUCACCAACCUCAGGGAAUCGUCCUGCACCAACGGCACCGGCGGCGUUGGUGUUGGCGGUAACGCGGUCACGGUCGGCAAGACCCUGGCCAACAACAACAACAACAACAACAACAAUAUAAGCAGCAUCAACAACAACAAACCGCUGACCGAAGCGCAGUCGUUGUUGUUGGCGGCCGACCACCACCACCACCAUCACCACCUACUACACCACCACCACUUACAACACCACCACCACAACAACAACCACCAUCACCACCACCACCAUCAACAACUACAACAGCAACAACACCACCAUCACCUACACCAUCACCACCACCAACAGCAGCAGCAGUCGUCGUCUGCGACCGCGCCCGGUGGACCGUUACCGUAUGGGUACGAUGACGAAGUGGACGACGAAGAUGUUGACGACGAAGAAGUGGACGACGACGACGUGGAUGACGACACGAUCGCAUCCAUAAUGAUGCAUCUGCCAUCGUCGUCACCCCGUGGCAAGCGGAAGCGGUGCGUGGACGAACCACUCGACGAUCUGCUGUCGCAGUUCAUCAACAACAACCAGCGUGAGGACGAGGAUGUAAACGUGGUGGACCUGGACCUGCACGAGUAUCCGGCAGCCAAAAGACUGAGAACGGACGAGGCAGCCGCCGCAGCGGCCGCAGCCGCAGUUGCUGCCGUCGUGGCGGGCACCACUCCGUCAGCAGCAGACUCCACGCCGUUGGCCACCGACCUGUGUUCGCCCGACUGUUGGUCGCUGAUGGACGCGUGUUGCGACGACUCUCUCGACCUGUACGGCGGCCAGGUGCCGGCCGCGGUCGAACAUCAGGACGUGCUGCUGCAGCCGACCUCCGUCACCGCCGCAUCAGUGGACUGCUGUUCGUCGCUGUCGCUACCGCUGCCACCGCCACCCCCGUCACUCGACGAACAGCAUCAGCAUUACGGCGUGGGCGCAUCGUCGUCGGCCACCGGGUCCACGUCGCCAACGAACCUGUCGUGCGGACAGGCGUCCAUGUUCAGCGAGAUGCAGUCGGCAAUGUUCCGCAACCUGAUCGCCUCGCUCGAGUCUUAACCGCCAUCGCUGUCGUCACCCGACGACGACCGGAAAUGUGGUCGACAAACCUAAACAAAAACGUAUAUUUUUGUUUUCACUUAUACGACUGUCUCCUAAAGUAUAUAUAUAUAUAUAUAUAUAUUUCAUUUAAUUGAGUACACACCCGUCUUUACGACACGUGUGUGCGGUGUGCGUCUUAUCCUUUUACUACGUUUUUAUGCACACGAUCACGUGCGAUAUGUGUUAUUAUUUUAUAUGCAGUCCGGGAGACUUAUUACAAAAAAAAAAAAUGACCAUUUUAUUUUAUUUUAAUAUUUUUAUGUGCAAUAAACGACCAAUUCGCGCAAAUGUUUUUUUUCGUUUUUCUCUGUAUCUAUUAUUUUUUUUCGUCAUUAUUAUUAUUAUUAUUACUUUAUAUUACUAUUAUAAAUAUAUAUGAAAUGUAUCUUUUUUUUUUGUUUUUAAAACGUUUUUCAUUGUUCGUACGAAUAAGUAUAAUGUGCAUUUGAUUGUGUUCUUCAUUUUACGCAUGAUCAUAUGUAUCGUGAAUGACGUGUACAUAGAUAAUCAUGAUAACAUAAUUAUGAAUAUUGUAUUUUUUGUUUUUUCGUAACUGUAGAUAAUCAAACAAGGGCUGUGUUAAAUUCAUCCAAUCGGUCUCUUUUUUUUUUUAAUCGAACGAAAAGAGUAUAAAAUAAAUUUAUAUAAUAUUAUAUUAUAAUAUGUACGUAUAAAAUUAAAAUAUAAUAUUAUGAGAAUGUAUAACUAUAUUAUAUGAUAUUAAACAACAUAGACAAUAUAUUAUAUUAAAGUAGACAAUUUUAUAGAAAACCGAUUGGGGUAUAGGCUAAUCGGUAGUGAUAGUACAAAAAAAAAAUAAGAAAAAAAAUGAUAAAUUUUAACAGUUUGUUUUUCAUUUUGUGUUUUUGUUUUUUUUUUCGAGUAGAAUCAGGAGCACAAGGGAGGGGGAAUACUUUACGCGAGUUCUCAUAUUCGGCAGCCGUUUUCCUAUUUAAUACGUAUAUACAAAUAUUAUUAUAUGAUUAAAUAAUUAUAAUAAUAUUAUAUAUAUCGAUAUAAUAUAUAAUGAUAUGAUAAAAGAGAGUUGUUUAACAAUUUUUGUUCAUAGUGUUUUUCGCUGCUACUAGACAAAACUUUUUUUAGUGCGAUUAUAACGUUUAAGCUAUGUAGGAACAGUCUUCCUGACUUUUUCCAAACUUAAUUUUUUUUAAACUGUGUGAUAAUAAUAUAUUUACUAUAGCGAGUCUAGCAUAAAAUUUUGUAUAAAACGAGACGUAUAGGUACGCGUGUAGACGAAAAUAAAUAAACAAACAAAAUAUGAACACUGUCCGGGCGGCUAAUAUUUAUAUCGUAUUACGUUAGUAAAAAUUGUUUUGUUUCUUAAAAAAAGAAAAUAAUAAAGAACCGCCAUCAUAACCUAACCCUUUAAUUCACACUACGCGUGCAGGAGAAAGUGCAGCGGUCUUUCGCGCAUUUUGUUUUAUUCGUUUGAUUAUGUGUUGUUAAUAAUAUUGUUCGUUUAGUGUAAAGUUCGCGAAAACGAAACAGGCCCCCCCUCUCACAAUAAAUGAAUAAAAAUACUCGUCUGGGCUCCGUUACUUAAGUCUUCCUUUAUUUAUUAUUAUUAUUUUUAUUAUUAUUAUAUAUUUUUUUUUUUUU